UCCCAUCUUCGAUAGCCAUCGAUUUUGUCAGAUGAGAAAAGUCACUAGGAACGUACAAACGUCAUUUUUGACUUAAAAAACGUCGAAACGUCAUCAGGAUAUAACAACGUCCAAAUGACGUUAAGCACGUCAACCUGGAAUUGAUGAUAAUUAUGAUAUGCCUAACACAGUUCCUUGAAUUUGAAAUUGAAUAACUUUCUAAACAAUAAACUACGCGACCUAUUAGUGGUGCUUACACAUCAGCAGCAAUGAGUGCAGAAGAGGAGUCGGAAACUGCUUGGCUGGAGACCGUCACUAUUGGUGGAUUUCGCGCGUGGCAUAUAAUUGCGAUAUGUCUCGGCAUCUCUUUAAGUAUUUUAAUUAUGGUCUGCUGUUGCAUUCGCUUCCGGAUACCGCGCACAAAACAAGAAAUAGAAGCUGACUACCAACGUAAGCAAAUAACGAAGAAAUUCCGUGAAAAACUUCAGCAAAUCAAAAACUCUGAAAUGGACGAAAUGGAUUUACAAAAAGUCAUUGCACAUAUACAAGCCGAGUAUUUAUCGGCGCAAAACAGCUGUGGCACGAGCGACGGCGACAAUACCGCCAAAGAUCCUUAUGGGAGCAUCAAAUUCAAAAGCAACAUACAAGUGCCUGCGUAAACGAGCACACCCAUACAUACUUACUCAUUACUUUUUAACAAUUAGUGAA